UAUAUAGAAAAAAAAACCAACCAAAUAGAAAAGAAAAGCAUAGUUCUACAAUAACAACAAUAGCUGUAAAAGCAAGUCAAAGAAAGAUAGUAUUGUCCUUAUUUAUCAAACUUUCACUCUCGCUACUCCACUUCUGCCCCACUCACUUCACUCUCACAAGUCACACCUUCUUCACUACGCUCAGCUUACUUAUCAGAUCCAUCUUCAAGGUUUCACAAAUUGGGUUAAAAGGUUUUUUGUUUUGUGCAAUUAGUAUUUGGUACUGGGAAAGUGUGUUUUCUUGAAUGAGAGUUGUAUCAGUUUUAAGUAGAUUAUAGUGGUUGGCUUGAAGGAUUAGAGUUGAGAAUUUUGGAAAUUGAAAAUGGAAGAAAUUCAAUCUCAAUCAGAUAAUUAUAGGUCUUCAUCUUCCUCAGCUAGUAGUCCUGCAACCAGUAGGGUGCCUUCUAGUAAUUUCUUCUAUUUGAGGAAACCUGGCUCGCUUAGACAACCCAUCUCUUUUGAGGAUUCUCCGGACUGGGGGGAUGAUACAGAUAUUGAUGUUAGGGUGGAUGAGGGACUUGACUCUAUUAAUGCUGCUACCACCCCUGGCUCUCCUACUCUGUCGAAACUCAAUAGUGGGUCGCUGCCUUCACCGCCUGUUCCUGAAGGUUCAGCUGUUCCGAGGAAGAUAGCAGGUGCUUCCAUUGUUUGGAAGGAUUUAACUAUAAUGAUAAAGAAUAAAAGAAAGUACUCAGACAAAGUCCUAAAGAGUUCUACCGGCUAUGCAUUGCCGGGAACAAUGACCGUUAUUAUGGGUCCUGCAAAGUCUGGAAAGUCUACCCUACUAAGAGCUCUUGCAGGAAGGUUACCUCAUUCAGCUAGAGUGUACGGGGAUGUAUUCAUCAAUGGGAUGAAACGCGAAUUACCUUAUGGGUCUUGUGGAUAUGUAGAAAGGGAAACCGCAUUGAUCGGAUCCUUAACUGUUAGGGAGUUCCUUUAUUAUUCGGCAUUGCUUCAGCUUCCUGGUUUUCUUUGUCAGAAAAAAAAUUUAGUAGAAGAUGCAAUCAUUUCCAUGUCUUUGGGUGAUUAUGCAAACAAACUGAUAGGUGGCCACUGCUACAUGAGAGGUCUUCGUAGUGGUGAGAGAAGGAGAAUAAGCAUUGCCAGGGAGCUUGUGAUGAGACCACAUAUCCUAUUCAUAGACGAGCCUCUCUAUCAUCUAGACAGUGUCUCGGCACUUCUUAUGAUGGUUACAUUGAAGAAGCUUGCAAGCACAGGGUACACCCUUAUCUUCACGAUCUACCAGAGCAGCACGGAAGUCUUUGGCCUGUUUGACCGAAUCUGCCUACUUUCAAAUGGGAACACACUCUUUUUCGGAGAAACAUUGUCUUGUUUGCAGCACUUCUCCAAUGCUGGAUUUCCAUGCCCGAUAAUGCAAAGUCCUUCUGAUCAUUUCUUGCGAGCAAUCAAUACGGACUUCGACAGGAUCAUUGCAAUGUGUAAAAACUUACAGGAUGACCACGGUGACUUGUCAGCAGUGAAUAUGGAUACGGCUGUUGCUAUUCGUACCCUUGAAGCAACUUACAAGUCAUCCGCAGAUGCUGCUGCUGUUGAGGCAAUGAUUAUUAAGCUCACCGAAAAGGAAGGUCCUGUUCUGAAAAGCAAAGGAAAGGCUGGCAAGGCUACGAGGAUUGCAGUUUUGACCUGGAGGUCAUUAUUAAUUAUGUCCAGAGAAUGGAAAUAUUACUGGCUUCGCUUGGUUCUCAAUAUGCUAUUGGCACUCUGUAUUGGUACUGUCUUUUCAGGCUUGGGGCAUUCAUUGUCUUCUGUUGUGGCUAGAGUUGCAGCUAUAUUUGUAUUCAUAUCAUUCACGUCUCUUCUGAGCGUUGCUGGCAUGCGAGCGCAUAUGAAAGAAAUAAAGAUAUAUGCGUGUGAAGAUUCAAAUAAGCAUUCUGGAGCAUUUGUUUUUCUUAUUGGACAACUUCUAUCUAGCAUACCUUUCCUGUUCCUAAUUUCUAUUUCAUCAAGUCUUGCCUUCUAUUUCUUGAUCGGUUUACGAGAUGAAUUCAGCUUGUUGAUGUACUUCGUAUUGAAUUUCUUUACUUGCCUUCUGAUCAAUGAAGGAUUACUGUUGGCUGUUGCAGCCUUUCAGUUAGAUGUUUUCUGGAGCAUUUUGACUAUAGUGCUUGUACAUAUCAUGAUGAUGCUCUCAGCUGGCUACUUCAGGAUCCGUAGUGAUUUGCCUGGACCGAUAUGGGCUCACCCUAUGUCCUACAUUGCCUUUCACACUUACUCCAUCCAGGGACUUUUAGAGAAUGAAUAUGUGGGCACUAACUUCGCCGUGGGAGAAGUGAGGGCCAUAUCAGGAUAUCAGGCAGUUAGCAGCGCGUAUAAUAUCUCAUCCAACAUUAACGCUAAGUGGAAUAAUUUGUUGGUGCUGUUUCUUAUGGCAGUUGGUUAUCGCUUCUUUGUCUUCAUUUUGCUAAGUCUUCGUGUAGGGAAAGGUUUGAUUAGGAGCAAACUUUGUCAUUGUAAUCUUAAUACAAUGAGAAAUGAAUGAAUGAAUGGAAAGAGGUAUUUGUUUUUCUUCCUCUGCUGUCGCAGAUGAUGGAAACCCAUAUUUUAAAGAUUUAUUGAGAUUUAUUGGUUAUUGUUA